UGGGUGUCAUCAUCAUAAUAACAAUCUGCAAUUCAACCAUUUUCCUCUUCUUAAUUUUAGGGCUUUUUCUCCACUCAUUCUCUGUUCUACACAGCCACUACUGCGUAUGGCUGGGAUCAGACUUCAGCCGGAAGACCCUGACGCCUCACAAGCUCGACCGCCAACUUCGUCUGAUCUGAUCUCCGACGACGACCGGUCGGUUGCUGCGGACUCUUGGUCGAUUAAAAGCGACUACGGAAGUACUCUUGACGAUGAGCAACGUCACGCGGAUGCCUCCGAAGCACUCUCCGUUGCCAAUUUCCGUGCCGCCUCCGACUACAGGUUUGGGGCUGACGUUAUGGAAGUUGUUGCUUCUUGGACAAAAAGCUUAUGUGGUGAAUUUUCUCAAGGUCACUUGUCAAACCACGUGGAUGAUUCCAAUUGUGAAUCUGUUGAUCAGCUUGAGAAGGAACCUUUUAAUUGGAGCGUGCUUGACAUUGGGACUGGAAAUGGGCUUCUUCUCCAAGAGCUUGCCAAGCAGGGGUUCUCUGAUCUUACUGGAACUGAUUAUAGUGAAGGAGCCAUAGACCUUGCUCGGAGCCUUGCGCAUCGUGACGGUUUCACUAAUAUUAAAUUCUUGGUUGAUGACAUUCUUGAAACAAAGUUAGACAGGAAGUUUCAGCUUCUUGUUGAUAAAGGCACUUUAGAUGCCAUUGGACUUCAUCCUGAUGGUCCUGUGAAAAGGAUCAUGUACUGGGAUUCAGUAUCAAGUCUUGUGGCUCCUGGUGGAUUAUUGGUGAUUACCUCCUGUAACAGUACAAAAGAUGAACUGGUGCAAGAAGUUGAUGCUUUUAAUCAGAGAAGAAAUUCACCGUCCCAAGAGCUAGGAGCUAGUGGAGACCAAGAGGUAAAUAGAGACCCCCCUUUGUUCCGCUAUGUUGAUCAUGUUCGCUCAUACCCAACAUUUAUGUUUGGAGGAUCAGUAGGAUCACGUGUUGCUACCGUGGCAUUCCAAAGGAACUGAAUAAUUGAGUGUCCGUAAUUUGUUGAGUUAGUUUCUUUCUCUUUGAAGGAAUUCCAUGUUUCAAUGAAUGUGUCUGUGACUUUGUCGAGGAUGCUAAUUUAUAUCAAGAUUAUUGAUGUCUCUGCUUUGCAAUGUGAGGCAUGUCAGGGUAAUACAGAUUUUUGGACAAGGUAACUUUAGUCCAAACAGAGAAGGAUUUGUGC